ACCGGGUACCUAGUAGGCACCCAAAUCAAGGUGUAUAUAGAUCUCUAUAUAGCAGGUCUAAGCCAACAAAGGCUGCUCAUCCCACCAAUAUACACAAGCCAGAUAAAUAAACGUCAACCAGACAUAUUCAUGGAAGCUCAUGAGUGGGCCCUGAAGCAUCCUCGUCAUGAUCUCCUGGGCAUAUAAAUAUCUCUCUUCUCUUCUAUCGUAUAAUGCUUACCCCAUUCCAGCGGUACAGAUAGCCGAACCCGAGACGGAUCAAGUCAGUACGGAAGAUACGCUUCCAAAGAGACAGUUUUCAGCUGGUCUUGCAAAGCGCCUAAGUGGCCGUCCAGCCAUACCGGACUUCGGUUCUUCCAGAUCCUCUAUGCUAAGUCAGAACAGCCUGGAGGCGCUAAGUAGUCAUACUAGCACUCCGAAUAAUCAGCAGGAUAGUAGCCGCCCACAUACCCAUCAUCACCAUCACUCCAAUCACCUGGACAAGUUCGUGGCCCAGGUCGCCGAGUGGGUUGAACAUGAGCGAGUCAAGAAACAAAACAGGAGAUCGAGGAGAGUGCAUUCGAGUAGACGGAAAACCGUGAAGGAUGAUGCCGAUAAAGCCGAUUCACCACCACAGCUAUCUCCCACCCAGCCUGAGAGAAAAAGAUCACACUCAAUUGACUCUCAAUCGAGCGACGUGUCUCUGGACAGGUUGCAAAAGAUCAUUGAUGACAGCAUGAGCGCGUUAGGCCUUCACGGGAUACCUCAUUACAGUAUGAGGCUCAGGAAGAAAUCCCCACGAAGACGAUCUGUUACCCUGCACCGGACAGCUUCGUCCGAUACGGAGUACCACGACGGUGACGUCCGGGUUCCAGCUUGUGAUGCGGUUUUGGACAACUCCAAGACCUUGGGAUACUCUGGUGGGAAGCCUGGCUCCACAGACGAUGGCGCUUCGAUGUCGAGUAAAAAGGAGGAGAAGGAGCGCAAAGGAUGGAUUACGUUCAAGAAUGAAAUUAUAAAGCUAUCGCAUACUCUGCGACUCAAGGGCUGGAGGCGUGUUCCACUGGAUAGAGGCGAUAGCAUUGAUGUCACUCGACUAAGUGGUGCUCUGACGAACGCUGUUUACGUCGUUUCCCCACCGGAAGACAUAGUGACAAGAGGAGAAAGCGGUAAUCUAACACCGCCAAAACUACUUUUGCGAAUAUACGGUCCCCAGGUGGAGCACAUCAUCGACAGGGAGAACGAGUUAAGCGUGCUGAGAAGACUCGCAAGAAAGAAGAUUGGGCCUCGCUUACUAGGGACUUUUACCAAUGGCCGCUUCGAACAGUAUCUCAACGCCGAGGCUCUUACGGCAGCGGAUCUACGAGACCCGGAUACGUCGAAGAAGAUCGCGAAGCGGAUGAGAGAGUUACACGACGGUAUCGAGCUUCUAGACUAUGAAAAGGACGGAGGACCUAAGGUCUUGGUGAACUGGGAUAGUUGGCUCGAUCGGGUGUCACGUGCGGUCAUGUUUCUCGAUAAAAAGAUCCUUUCUGGUGAUGUUGGACCCAUCAGGGGCCCUGCCGAUGCGUGGAAGCAGGGGGGCCUCAUCUGCGGAGUCGAGUGGCCCUUUUUCAAGGAAGUGGUGGACAGGUAUCGAAAAUUCUUAGAUGAUUACUAUAGAAGCCCCAACACAAUCCGGGACCGGCUCGUGUUCGCACACAGCGAUGCCCAGUACGGCAACAUCCUCCGCGUCCGGCCCGACGACAAGAAAUCGCCCCUCCUCCAGCCCAACUACGAGCACAAACAGCUCGUGGUUAUCGACUUCGAAUACUCGGCGGCAAAUACGCGGGGUCUAGAAUUUGCCAACCACUUUACCGAGUGGUGCUACAACUACCACGACGAAAACGCCUCUUUCGCCUGCAACACCUCCUUGUACCCCACGCUCGAGGAACAGCGCCGCUUCAUACGCGCGUACGUCCACCACCGCCCCGAGUUCCCACACCCCGGCGCCUCCACCCCGAACAUCACCCCCCUCGCCACGCCGGUCCUCCAGCCCAGCACCCCCGCCCUCACCGCCACCAUCUCCAACUCCAGCCUCGGCCCCACGAGCUCCAUCAAGGAGUUCAUGCUGGACUCGCGCGCGCCGCCCGGCGGCUGGAAGGAGGAGGAGCGCCGCGCGGCCGAGGUGAUCGACGCCCAGGUCGAGGCCCUCAUCGAGGAGACGAGGAUCUGGCGCGUCGCGAACAGCGCGCAGUGGAUCGCGUGGGGCGUCAUGCAGGCCACGAUACCGGGGUUCGACGACGACGUCGGUGGUGAGAAGGCGAAGGACGGCAGCAAAAAUGCUGCAGCAGAAGGAAGUAGCAGUGGUGGUGGUGGUGGUGUCCAAGACGAAGAAGACGCCGAGGCAAGCGAGUUCGACUAUCUAGGAUACGCCAGAGAACGCGCCCUGUUCUUCCUCGGCGACUGCGUCAAGAUGGGUGUCUUGAAAAUCGACGAGUUGCCUGAGGAUGUUAGGGGGAGGCUUAAGUAUGUCGUUUAUGAGUAGGUAGGUACCUAGGUACCUAGUUGGGCAAGUAUCUAGGUUAGGUAUGUAGCUACUAGCUAGGUAGUUAGGUAGUUAGUUGGGUAGUUAUGUAGGUGCAGCGAUGAUUAGCAAAAUAACGUUGAAGUAAAAUUAAUACUGCAUAACUACCUAGGUAACUACCUAUGUAGUAGAAACCUUGAAAGCUUGCGGUGAAACAUUCCUAAAUAGAUACCUACCUAGGUUAACCUAGUAUUUUUUUUUUCUC